CUCUUCCUACUCCUCCUCCUCGUCCUCCCUCGUCCUACCGUGGGGGGCGCGGGCGGCCCCCCCCCCCGGUAGGCAGCAACGUGGCGACAGGGCAGGGUAGGCAAGAGACGGGCCAACUCUUUUUCCAGAGCGUCCGAACACUGGUGGUCGCAACCAUGCAGGGGUCCAGGGACAGAGCGGACCCGGCCUGGCUGGCGCGAGGGUGACAGGGCAAAGGAGAGGGGCAUGGGGCGUAGCGGCAGCGUGACUUUUCCGAGCGAGGCGCUCUGAUCGGCCGCCCAGUGCAACCUUCGCCCAGAGAUGCGAGGCUGCCUGCCCAGCAGCCAGGAGAGGAAGCUGGCCUCUCCUUGCCUGUCUGCCAGCUUCGUCUUACAGCCUUGCUUGACUUUUCAAGGAGCUGUUCAGGUAGCGGGCCAGUUUAAAGCCACUACCGGAGAUGGCUCAAGGCUUCCCACGAAGUGCCCACGGGCCGGUAGAGGUGCAGCGCCGUGGCAGCUGCGCGCAGCCGCCGUCAAGGAGGGUCGCUUCACCAAGGGAAGGCCGCGGCUGCCACAGGGAGUCGGUAGCUCCCUGAAAUAAGCGAGUUUGUUGCAUUUGUUUUUCUCGCUUGCGCCCUUUAGGCUGCCAGGCAGGGCCUGCAGCACUGGCAGACGACCAGCCGCAGCAUGCAGCCAUAGACGCCCAGGCGCCGCAGACCCCAAGACUUACAACGAUUGAGAAGGAAACGCGCGAAACGUCG